CAGGGGCGCAUCUUUUGCUGAUGUUCACCCCUCCAACAGGUCACUUUUCAAUAAUGAGUGUUUCGUGGAAUGGGUGUUUCAACGCACUGCGCACUCCAUGGACACUGAGGCGCGGCACCUGAGCACCAGGUUAUUACUUGCGCAGGAGCGGCGGCAGUUCUGGCUUCUAAACGUGAAGCCACGGCGUAGACAACAGUCGAUGUGGUAGUGUUGACUGUUGGCCCAACACGAGCUACAUGUAAGUGCUAGGCGUAGGAACAGCAGCAUGCCUCUGUGCCAGGAGGACGUGGAGCGCUCUCUACGAAUACUCUACGAGGUACGAGACCUGCAUAGCAGUUCUAGUAGCAAUGACGAGGAGAAGCUGGCCAUAGAGGAGGCCAUCGCGGUGCUCGAGGCACAUCACACCAGCGGCGCCUUGCCCAAAAGCCCCGAACCGGUCAAUGAGAAUGGCCACGCUCAGGAAUUCUGGACGCAAUAUGACUCGAUACGGCGAUCACCGGUGGUUCACGAGGGGCAGCGUAUCAACGUCGUUGAGUUCGACAACGUACCCAAGGAGGACGGCCUGGGCGUGCGGCUGGACUAUGGCGAAGUGGACAGUGCUGGAGCGGCCGGCGAUGGCAGAUCUGCCAGUCCGAAUGGCUUGCUGCACGAUCGUCCCAUUGUGAUCGCGUCUGUAGACGAGGGUAGCGUGGCGAGUGUGGAUGGGCGACUGAGACCCGGGGACCAGGUACUGGAGGUGAACAGGCAUACACUGCUCCGGACAACGCUGGACAGAGCAAGGUGGCUGCUGGACAGUGCAGUUAGGCAAGGUCGUGUUCUUCUCGCCAUCGCCGAGAAGCCCGGAGCAGUGGAGCACAGACGUGGCGGCGAACCAACGCUGACAUCCUACAACAGGAGAGGUUCGCUGAUCAGUGAUCUGAUCAUCCACAGUGAGAUUUCAGAGAGCCUGUCGAUAUCGGAGGGCAUUGACGAGGAAGGAGAAGCUGACCAGCAGCAGCACGACGACGACCAUCGGCGUCAUUCUCGGCAAGACUCGGCGGACAUGUCGCGGCGGCAGAUCUCCAAGAAGGAGGCGCGAUUGAUGCGCGAGAGGAGCAUGACCUUGCCCACACCUACACGCGCCGAGCAGCGACGAUUCAAACAUUCCGGCGGCUUCAAGAAACGUGACGUACGGUUACUUCACAUGGUGAACUCGGUGACCAGUGGCCUUGGUGUGGAGAUAACAGGCGGCAAAGGAUCAUCGUUUGGUGAUACCGGUAUCUAUGUGUCGCAUGUACGCCAUGGCGGUAUGGCUGACCGAAUGGGCAAGUUGCGACGCGGCGAUGAGAUUCUGAUGGUGAACGGCCGUAGUAUGAUUGGCAUGAGUCACGCCGAGGCACAGCACUACCUUCACGACCUGCCACCCGGCCCCAUACAGGUCGUUGUGGCGCAAGUACCCGAAGCAUGGCAGGACACCGGUCCAAACUUGUUCCUCUCUCCAGAGCACAGCAACGGUCGGCCGUUCGCCACCAACGGAGAGCUAAGCCCGUCUUCACAGACGCAGAGUCCGCACCGUAUACAGCCUGUUGCGCGAACAGCCAGCGCUCUGGUGGAUCAACGGCGGCUAAAGUCUCCGAUGAAGAACUCCAUAUCGCGUAGUCAGAGCCUCGGGUCUACGUCCAGUGACGAAAUUGGCCAAGUUCAGGGUCCUAAACGAAUAUCAAGCACUGAUCUUGGUGAGAUUGGUUCGAGGAAGGAACGAAGUUCCCUCACCUCCCUGAGCCUGCGCGGCCGUACAAAGUCAUUUGAGCAUGUGGCCAAGAGUCGAGUACAUCCGAUGGGUGCAGAAGAAGCUAUCCUGGCCGCGAGCAGAAGUUCCCAGUCGAAUACAAAUCUUACAGAAGGAGAAGAAGCCGACUCAGCCUUGGGUGACCUGUCGCGACUGACGCGUGUCCUGUCUGCUCCCAACGUCGCAACCGAGAACUCGCCGAACGAGCCGAAUCUCCGGCAAGAAGUCUUGACAAAGGACCGCAAUGCAGUGAACAACGCGCAGAGUUUGACGCAACUUGUCUCGUUUCCCAACACUGAGUUGGUACCGAUCACACCAUGGGCACGCUUUACCAAGCCUGGCAGUGUACGCAAGGUAGCCAAGAAACAGGAGGAAACAAUAGUGCUGGUGAAGGACGGCCGAGGUCUGGGAUUCACGAUCGUGGGUGGACGUGGCACACAGCGCGGCGACCUGCCGAUCUACGUCAAAACCAUCACGGUCGAGGGAACCGCGGCAGAGGACGGUAGACUGCUAGUGGGCGAUGAGAUCUUGGCCAUCAACGGACAGUCACUGGACGGCGCUACACAGGCAGAGGCAAAGCAAAUAUUCAAGAAUGUGAAACGUGGAAUUGUGACACUGGAAGUGAGACAUCGGCAGCGCAACACGCACCGCGAGAUUUUAAUCACUCUCAACAAAGAACCUGGCAUAGGUCUUGGUUUCAGCAUAGCUGGUGUGUCCAGUUGCAAAGACAAGUAUGACAUCUACAUCCAGUUCUUGCAGGAAGACACUGCGGCUGCUAAUGAUGGGCAGGCAAUUCGAGGAGAUCAGAUAGUCUCAGUGAAUGGCCAUUCCCUGGAGUCAGUCACACUCGAUGAAGCCCAUGCCUCUUUCAGGAACCUUGAACCCGGACCAAUUGAUAUCCUCCUGCGCCGGCGCACAGAAGGCAAAGUGGGUGACGCGGACAAGCAGAAGAAGCAGUCUUUCUCCGCUGCGGCUGGCCAGCGCACGAACAGUUUCCACGAGAGUGCACGGCGCCUGGAGAAGGCCAAAGUAGCGAGUGCGGCGGCGGCGACAACUAUGACGUCAUCACCUAUGACGUCAUCACCUGUGCCCCAGAGCAAUGGCCAUACCGAUAACAGCGCGCUGACCGCGGAGAGUUUCUUUGCUCGCCGCCCGUCCGGCGAGAUCGAACCAUUCCUGGCCGGUACCGGACUGCAGGCUCCAUCGCGACGCAGUCUCAGUCCAGAGGGACUUUCCCCAGGUCUUGGCAGAGGCACAUUGGGCGAGGGUGCUGAUGUAAUUGCUUCGAGUCAACCCACUGUUGCUGUUUCGCCACCAGACUCUUUGUCGCCCACAGCGGAACCUCACGCCGCAGGGGUAGCGGGUAGCCAGCCAGCGGUGGAACAGAAAGACUUGCCCGAGCAGCACUUGAAGCAGUCAUCCAGCCUAAUGGCGUCCCUGUCCGACUAUUUCAACCAAUCGAUCUCCUCCCGUGAAAACUCACCCGCCGUCUCGCGGCACAGCUCAAACGUCGAGAAAGCCGAAGCACCCAAGCCGGCGUCCCCGCUGAUAGUGGAGCGUCCCACGAGCAUGCACACUCAGCUGGAAGAGGUCACUCUGAGCAAGGUGGGCAGCACGGUGGGCCUGGGGAUGACCAUAAUGGGCGGCGCGGACUCCGCCGUCGGGCACAUCAUGGUCUCGGACGUACACCGCGCUGGCCCGGCGCACACGGCCGGCAUCGACAUCAGCGACCAGAUCGUGGAGGUCAACGGUCUCACUCUUGCCGGCAUGAGCAAUGCCGCUGUCAUCGACUUGCUGCGCGAAACACGCUCCACCGUGCGAUUGCUUGUCGCCAAGGCCGUGCCCAAGACACCAACGUCCAAGCCGACCAGUCCCGGUGGCGAGCAAGAGAAGAAGGCAGGUCCUGCAUCGAGCCUGACUGCCACACCAAAAAGACCGCCAUCAGUGUCCCAGCAGAGGCUGUCGGAGCUGAUGCACGAAACCGACGGUGGUGCAAAGUCGGACAGUGAGCCAGCGACAUCACCACCUCCACCGCUGCCCGAGGUGUCUCCGCCGGCCUCGAUCCCAGGCAGUCGUGUAUCCAGCAUGAUAGCGUCCAGCCAGCAGUCUUCACCGAACACGGGCCGCGUCAUCCAUCGCCGUUCCCUCUCCAGCAUCACGGCCGCCGGCCUCAGCAAAGAGCAGAAGCAGAGCGAAUCCGACGAGUCCGAUGAGAAUGACGUUUCCAUAGUUCCCAUGGCGGCCCGUCACUCGCGCAAACGCACACGCACCACGCGUACCACACGCUCUGGUUUCUCCGGUGGUGGCGGCGGAGAUCACCAUGACAGCAAUGACUCGGUACGGAGCAUGUCGAAGCAGUCGACGGUUGCCACACCAACCAAAGUGGAGGAGUUGCCGUCGCGUAUCCUGGCAUCGUCACCGCCACCCAUCCUGCCCGCAUCGUAUUCCGCGGCCGGUAGUCUGGCCAGCAGUCCGCUCAGCGAAAUGAUUCUAUCCAAUGAGAGCUUGGCAACGCCCAGCAGGAAAGCAAGUGUGGACGACGCACCUGGUGUUGCUGCGUCCACCACCAUGUCUUUGCACAGGGGCAGCAAGCCGUCGCCGAAACUGACCAAGAAAUCACCCAGCUUGUCGGCAAAGGGAUCACCGCGUCACUCCGCCAAGACUUCGUCCCGGUCGACACCGCCUGUGAUAAAGUCUUCCACUCCUCCGCUCGUGCAGCCAUACCAUCGAUCAUCAACACCGACGACACCAAAGAAAACACCAGAGGCACAACGAAAGUCUUCGUUCACCUCUCACCUGGCCUCCGGCAAAGGUGACUCGCCGAAAACACCGCGAAAGUCAUCACUCUCCCGCAUGAAGUCAUCCCCGCUGCCUUCACGGGGAAGUCCCAAAAAGAGCUCGCCCAGUCCAGAGAUGAUGUCAUACACCCAGAUCAAUGAGUCAUCAGCGCAGGGCAGCAUCACCAUUGGCAAGCGCUCGGAGACUGGUCUGUUUGAGUUGCAGCUGAGGAAGUCCAUCGCCGGCCUUGGGAUCAGUACACAGAGAGGACAGGAUGGUGCAGUGCUGGUCAAGGCGGCACCCACUGGCAAGGGUGCUGAACUAAGAUCGGGUGAUCAGCUUGUGAAGGUCAAUGGGCAGGAUGUAUCCGGUAUGAGCAGUGCUGAAGCAGAUUCCCUGCUUAAGAGCCUGCCACGCGGCAAGGUUACCUUACUCGUGCGACCGGCCACGCUUGUCACUGCCAAGCCAGUGGAGAAUGGCAAAGUGGCAUCCCCAUCCAAUGACGAUCAUCUACUGGGUACUUCGCAGUCCUCUUCGGGACUCGGAACCAGUGUAUCCACACUUGAGUCAUCAUCUUUUGACUCGCGCAAGCUGCCCCCGCACUCCAGCCCACCAGACAUGCGGAAAGUACCGUCGUCAGUGGCUGAUGAUGCCAAGCCCACGUCGGUUAUACAGCGGGAUCCAGAAGAGGGGGUCAUCAAUAUCGAGCUGAAUCGUCUGCCGAACGAGCCCCUGGGAAUCGUGCUCGAGGGCGGCAUAGACACUUCGCUACAGUACGUCUUCGUCCAAGCAAUUGAACCGAAUUCCUGCGCCGCUCGCAAUGGCAGACUGCGCGCUAACGACCAGCUAAUCAUGCUGGGUGAUGAUUGCUUGGUUGGCAUGGACAGCACCAUGGCAACACAGGCCAUUGCAACAGCCAAGACGAAAACAAAGAUUGAACUGGUUGUGUCUCGUAAGAAGGCUGAAGAGAAGCCCAAACAGCCCGAGCAGCCCAAACAGCCCGAACAACCCAAACGGCCCGUCCAAGCCGACAAUAAACCAGCAUCAACACCCUCAGCCAGCCCGGUGAAGCCCAAGACAUCGCGGCCGUCAGUGAAACCAGCGUCGCACAGCACACGCCAGAGCACGGAGAGCAUUCCGCACGCCACGCCAGAGCCGGAUAAGCCCCCAGCGGAGGACGCUGGAAAACAGGGGGCAGCCCCAACAUUACUCCAGUCAGCUACUAGCAAUGCACCGCAACAGGCUACCAGCGUGAGCCAAGAGCCUGGCCGAAAUGAAGUGGAUGGAGAAGCAAACAAAGAAGCAGCAAAGAUCAUCACUCCGACACCUGCUCCUCGCAAAGCAGCACCAACGCCCCUGAAAACGGCCUCUAACCCGCCAAGGUCUGAUGCUGCUAUCGUAGAUGUAGCUGACGGGAACGAUGCAUCAACACUAACUGUGGCUAAUGAACACGAGUCUACACAAUCAGACAAAUCCAACGGGCGAGACAACGGGUCCGAAGAAACAGCAGCCACCAGAAAAGAAGAGGAUUCAAAAUCUGGAGACGUGGUCAAGUCAGCAACGACGACACAGCCAAGCUCUACAGCAACAUUUGAUUCAGCACCUGUCUCUACCUCUGCACCUGUCUCUCCCACUGCACCUGUCUCUCCCUCUGCACCUGUCUCUCCCACUGCACCUGUCUCUCCUACUGUACCCGCAGUGAAGAUAUCCGCUGACAAUGAGGCACAUCCAGCGACCACACCGGCUAAAGACGAACAGACACAAGAGCCGAAGAGAAAGGACGCCAAUGUACUAUCACCACCGACUGGCUCAACGCCGUCAAACCGAAGUCCACGACCGCUGAGUAGAGUAAAAGAGAGCAAGGAAGGAUCGACGACCCCGACAACGGUCCACGGAACGGAGAAGCUGACGGUGGUGCUGCGUAAGGAAGGUGGACCGCUUGGUCUGGCGUUGGUCGGCGGGGUGGAUACCGAUGUAGGACCUGUCAUGAUCAAGCGUAUCGUGGCGAACAGCGCCGCUGGACGGAGCAACAAGCUGCAGACUGGCGAUUGCUUGAUCAGCGUCAACGGCAAGCCCAUGGAGAGUGCCACGUAUGCCGAGGCACUGGAAACUCUCAAGUCCGCUCCCGACGAGGUCAUCCUGUCGGUGACCAGGCGUAAACAGGCAACCGCUGCACCGCUGAAAACACGCCGUGGAUCAACAAUGCGCCGCACCGUCAAGCGAGGGGAGUCAAGAAACUUCGACUCGCAGGCCACGCUGGACAACGAGCCGGGAUUCAACCCGCGUGGCAGCAGCGAGACCAUGGAAAAGUACGGUUCGGAUGAGGACUUUGACCGCAUGAGCCUGAGCAGCACAACGAGUGAGAGACGCAUGCGUCGCAAGGGUGGGCUGUCACCCGGUGGGUCGGCCAAUCCAGCAUUGUCUAUGACCAUGGCACGGCGCGCUGGCAUUCAGAUGUCGGACGUGAAGGCACUGGAACUUGUCAAGGGAAAUUCUGGUCUUGGUUUUAGUGUGGCGGGCGGCAAGGGAGCGGGCCAGAGCGGUGGUCCCAUUCAGGUGAAGACUGUCUUUGAUGGCGGACCAGCGGAGAGAAGCAAGGCCGUGCAUGCCGGCGAUCUGCUGAUCGAAGUCAACGGAAAAGACUUCACUAGCAUCACGCGUCGUGAGGCGGUCGACUUCCUCAAGGCGAUUCCGCCCGGCCCCGUACGCAUGCUACUGUGCGGCAAAGGAAAAUCCCAGUCGUAACAUCGGAGUGUUGUGUUGACGUCCAGGUGUUUUCCGAAUGGGCGCACACAGUCUGAACGUAAUGCUGUUCCCUGCUUUUCUUGAAUGCCCUUCUCACUAUUCCCGGCGUAUGCAGUUGCUAUGCUGUGCGUGUGUAGAUGCAGAUAGUGUUGCACACCGUCCGCUAGUCCGUCACUGUGUGAUGAAUUGAUGAUCACUGGUGCGAUGAUGGUGCUGUCACCAGAGUCCCCCAGAGACCCCUGAUGACGUCAUGGCAUGCAUUUACUGCACAUGUAGCAGUGCGCUCAAAUGUUGACAUGCCCACGAACAUCACCCUGGCCCUGUAGAAUUUUUAUGGCAUCUUUUUGACUUUUCAACUUUUUUUGGCAUUGCCAGUUGUGUGACUAAUCGAUUAUCCAGUGAUUGUCGGCAGAUAAUCUACCUGAGAUUCUUUACGAAUAAUUUCCACAAUCACAACACCAUGUACGGUCAUGGUGGAACAUGCCAUUCUCUAUUGAA